AUGGCGGAGCCAACGAGCUCGCCUAGAACAGCCACUACCAGGCCCCAGCUCACCAGCGCCAUGCGCAGCAGCUCAUAUCUGAGCGACCACCAGCAGUACCGCCGUGCCAGCCCGCGCCAGCCCGACGCUCACCACCACGGCAUCGACACGGUCCUCGAGUCCAGGAACCCCGGCAGCCCGACAAAGACGGCGCUGCCCUUUCGCGGCAUCCCCUCCGAGGAUGCGCCGCCCACCAUUGUCGAGAGCGGCAUCGACCACAGCUACGCGCACCACAACUGCGCGCCCGCCGCCGGCCAGCACACAGACCGCCUCGUCGUGACGCUCUUUUACAAGGGCAGCAGCAACAGCAGCAGCAAUGGUCCAACGUCUGCCGACGUGGCGACGGCGGCGGCUGCUACUGAUGCGUGGGCCACCAGCACCGCUGCCGCAACGGUCGCGUCCAGCACGGCCUCCAGGUCGCUCGACGGCAGCACCGACUCGCUACCGGCCAACAUGGCGCCGACGACCAGCCUCGACGACUUUCCGCUUGAGCCGCCGACGGGGGAGCCUGAGCACCUGGACCACCUGUACGGGUCCUACGUGUCACCGCUGUGCAUCACGUCGUUCCUGCAUCUCAUGUCGAGCUUCCCGCUGCCCGACGGCGCUGACGAGCCACACUCGUCGCACCGCUGCCUCGACGACCCGGACGCCCCGCGCGUCGUUGAGCUGACGCUGACCCCCGCACCGUCGCCUGCUUUUCUUUCCCUUGCCGAGCUGCGCAAGCAUGAGAUGAUCUACCGCUUCGAGCAGGAGUGGAACGUCGACGUCGUGCUGCAGCGGGACACCGUCUGGCGCCGCCACCCGCGCCUGGUCGUCUUUGACAUGGACAGCACCCUCAUCACGCAAGAGGUCAUUGACCUGCUCGCCGAGGAGCUCGCCGAGCCCGCGGACCUCGGCGCCCGCGUCGCCCGCAUCACCCACCGCGCCAUGAUUGGCGAGCUCGAAUUUGAGGCGUCUUUCCGCGAGCGCCUCGCCCUGCUCAAGGGCCUGCCCGCCACCAUCUUUGAGCAGCUCCGCCCCGUGCUACGCGUCACGCCCGGCGUGCGUCACCUCAUCAAGGCCCUGAAGCGCCUCGGCGUCAAGACGGCGGUCCUGUCUGGCGGAUUUCAACCACUGACGGCUUGGCUCGCCGCCGAGCUGGGCCUCGACUACGCCUAUGCCAACAAUGUCGUUGUGGGCGCCGACGGCAAGCUCACUGGCGAGGCCGACGGCCUUAUUGUCGGCAAGGAGCGCAAGCGCGACCUGCUCGUCGACAUUGCCGCCAAGGAACACAUUGACCUGUCUCAGACGGUUGCCGUCGGCGACGGCGCCAACGAUCUUCUCAUGCUGGACAAGGCCGGCCUGGGCGUGGCGUGGAAUGCAAAGCCCCGCGUGCAGAUGGAGGCCGCGGCGCGUCUCAAUGGCGAGAGCUUGCUGGACCUGCUUUACCUCUUUGGCUUUACUGCUGAUGAGGUUACAGCACUGAUUUCGUAA